AAGAGCGAAUAAUAAGAUCUUCUUAGCGCAGCAAAACUCACUUCCUUCUACCAUAAAAGGAGUAAGAGUAAACCAUUUUUCAUUUCGCGCCCAUUCUUUGAUAAUUCCCCCCUAAAUUUUGCUUCCGAGAUUCUCUCGCUGCUUCACUUUCGAGAAACGGGUCUUCUCCAACAUUUUAUGCAAUAGUUGGGCGCAAAGUUGCUGCCGUAAUCUGCAAUUGCUGUUUUAUUAUUCAUCGUUUUUGUGUCCAACAAUGGAUUCCGAGCAGCAGCAAUCCGCAAUAGAGGGUGCAAAAGUGCUUAUGGUGGGCGCUGGCGGCAUAGGGUGCGAGCUACUGAAAACCCUCGCUCUCUCGGGGUUCAGAGAUAUCCAUAUCAUUGACAUGGAUACAAUUGAAGUCAGCAAUCUAAAUAGACAGUUCUUAUUUCGACAAUCACAUGUUGGUCAGUCGAAAGCCAAAGUUGCUCGAGAUGCAGUAUUGAAAUUUAGGCCUGACAUUAGCAUCACAUCCUACCAUGCGAAUGUGAAGGACCCUGAUUUCAAUGUUGAUUUCUUUAAGCAGUUCAAUGUUGUUAUGAAUGGGCUUGAUAAUUUGGAUGCCAGACGGCAUGUCAACCGCCUUUGCUUGGCAUCCGGCGUGCCAUUGAUUGAAAGUGGUACCACUGGCUUUCUGGGACAGGUGACUGUUCACAUAAAGGGUAAAACAGAAUGUUAUGAAUGUCAGAAUAAGCCAGCUCCAAAAACUUACCCUGUUUGUACUAUUACAAGUACCCCUUCAAAGUUUGUACACUGUGUAGUAUGGGCGAAGGACCUGCUUUUUGCAAAAUUAUUUGGCCCCAAAAAUCAGGAAAAUGAUUUGAAUGUUCGUUCUAGUGAUUCUUCAAGCUCAUCCGAACAAGUUGAAGAUGUUUUUGAACACAAAAAUGGGGAAGAAAUUGAACAAUAUGCAAGGAAGAUAUUUGAUCAUGUAUUCGGUUAUAACAUUGAGUUAGCUUUGUCGAAUGAAGAUACAUGGAAAUCUCGUGGCAGGCCAAGGCCUAUAUAUUGCAAAGAUGUCAUUCCAACUGAGCAUGUUCACCAAAAUGGAAAUCAAGGUAGAGGCUCAGCAGCUGGAGAUAUGACAUCAGUGUCUGCAAUGGCAACUCUAGGUCUGAAAAAUCCACAGGAUCUUUGGAGCUUGAAAGAGAACGCAGCAGUAUUUCUUGAGGCUCUAAAAUUAUUUUUAUUGAAACGAGAAAAGGAAAUUGGUAACUUGGGUUUUGACAAAGAUGAUCAGCUGGCUGUAGAACUUGUUACUGCAGCGGCAAAUAUCAGAGCUACUUCAUUUGGCAUCCCCUUGCAUAGCCUUUUUGAAGCCAAAGGUAUUGCUGGAAAUAUUGUACAUGCUGUUGCCACAACAAAUGCUGUCAUUGCUGGAUUGAUUGUGAUCGAGGCUAUUAAGGUGCUGGAGAAUGAUGUUAAGAACUAUAGAAUGACUUUCUGUCUUGAGCAUUCUUCAAAUAAGAUGCUACUCAUGCCAGUCGAGCCCUUUGAGGCAAACAAGUCAUGCUAUGUUUGCUCUGAGACACCUUUGACGCUUGAGAUUAAUACACGUCAUUCAAAGCUGAGGGACCUUGUUGACAAGAUUGUGAAGGCAAAGCUUGGCAUGAGCUCGCCCCUAAUCAUGCAAGAUUCCACACUUCUUUAUGAGGUUGGUGAUGAUCUUGAUGAAGGAGAGGUUGCCAAUUAUGCAGCAAACCUUGAAAAGGUGCUAUCUGAGCUUCCUUCUCCAGUCCGUGGCGGGACAAUUCUUACUGUUGAGGAUCUUCAACAGGAGUUUAAAUGCAGCAUCAAUAUCAAGCACAGGGAAGAAUUUGAUGAAGAGAAGGAACCCGAUGGAAUGGUUCUCUUCGGCUGGACACAAGCUCAGGCAGCGGAAAAGAACAGCAAAGUAUCAGCUGACAAUGGUGCGAGCACCUCUGGUGCAUCUGAAGCUGCUUCCACCGAGCCCGAGGACGACGAUGACUUGCAAAUCAUCAUUCCACCACCAGUAUCAGGACGGAAGAGAAAGCUAUCCGACGUCACUGCUACUUCAGGUGUUCCAUCUGCUGCCAAGGAACCAAAGAUCAAGAGAAAGGCAGAAGAGAUCGAAGGCGAGAGCGACAUAGUCAUGCUUGACGACGGCAACAAAGUGAAGAAAGGAGAAGCAUAGCAAGGCCCAUUUGGGGUUGUUAGACUUUGACGAGCACCCUCGCCCUAACUUGGUAGAAUACAAAGAGAAAGGUGAUUCUUUUGGUGCUUGUUAACUUGUAGACUUUGGCUUUUUUAGGCACCUUCGAUUUUUGAUUAGGAGCUUUUGUCGGAUCUAAAUGUGAAUGUGCAACUGAUUUUGCCCUUCUCCUAUCAUGUAUUCCACUCCAAGUGCCUAAAUUAGGUUGAGGUUUAUUUAAUACUAACAAUUGUAAUAUUUGUCUCUUCUCUUGCUACUAUUUUCCCACCAAAUAACUUGCAAAUUUAGGAAAACAUGUUAUGAUACAUUCGUUCUACUACUUUGUCAAUGACUGGUAUCACCUACUUUACUCUCUUUUUUUCCUA